CCUCCGGAAAACCAAAUGGAAGAAGUCAAUGAAAAGUUGAAGAAUUUUUUAAUUAAUUCCAAUUCGAGUGGUGUCGAGUUGAAUUGUUUGCCCUCGUUCCGUAGACACCAGCAGAAGCUGCAACGUGAUUAUCUCCGCUAUAGCGGAACUCGAAAGUAUCAGCUCAUCCUCGCAUUCCUAAUUUGUGCAAUCGGAAAACAUUAUUUCAGCGAGUUGUUUGCAAAUGAAGAUUGCAUCCUUGGAAUACCGCAGCAGCUGCAGAAGUCAUUCAGACCGCCGGAAAGUUGCGACUUUUGCAGAAAUGUGCGGAAUGUACCUCGACUUGCAAAUGUGAGCCCGGAUGAAUUUGAGCGAAACUAUGCUUACGGUGGUGGACCGGUCAUUGUCACCGAUGCAACCAUCAACUGGACCGCCACGGAGUAUUUCGAUUACUGGUUUUUCAAGAAAAUCUACCAAACAUAUGGUAAAAGAAAGAAAGCUGCCAAGUGUCAAUUUUUCCCCUACCAGACGGGCUUUCGGAACAUUUACGAAGCGCUGAGUUUGAGCGACGCACGCGUUAACUACGAACCGGGAACGGAACCGUGGUACUUUGGGUGGAGUAACUGUGAUCCGGAAAUCCUAAAAAUCUUAAGACAACACUAUGGACGGCCGUAUUUUCUACCGAAGGCAUCCGAGAACAACGCGGUCGAUUGGGUGUUUAUGGGUGGCACUGGACUGGGAGCACACAUGCACGUGGACAACGUUCGUUUACCAUCUUGGCAAUCGCAGCUCAAAGGAUCUAAGGAAUGGAUACUGGCCCCGCCACCUGAGUGCUACUACAGUUGUAACUUCCUGACUGUUCUUGUCGAAACUGGAGACACCAUUGUCCUCGAUACGAAUAAAUGGUACCACAAGACGAACGUUCUUUCCGGCGAAAUAAGCAUUACCGUCGGUGCAGAAUAUGACUAAACGCAAACCUACCUGGAUA